AUGGAUGUGGUCGCAGCCAGUAAGAUUUCUGAUACCACAAAUGUUGGUACUUCCAAUAUUUCAACUACUAUUACCAGUGUUGACAUCAGUGCCUUUUCACGGUUAUUCAUCCCGACUGUCCCGUCACCCCAUGAGUUAAUACUUAGCACUAUCAGAGAUAGCAGUAACAUUACAUUGGGAAAUGAACAUCAGUAUGAUGAUGAAUGGUGCACGAUAUUAUCUGUUGAUUGUGAAUGCCACUUGUCGUAUCAGUUUUAUGCAUAUGAGGAAAGGCUACUGCUUGGCCUCAUUACUCUACCAAUUAUCGUGUUUGGCCUUUGCGCAAAUAUUACCUCCAUCCGUAUAUUCACCCACCGUUUCAUGUUUUCCUCAUCCAUUAAUUGGUACCUCGCAAUUCUCUCUAGUUCUGAUACACUUAUUCUAUUUUCUGCAUUCUUUGUUCUCUCGUUACCCAGACUGGGUGAAUAUACGAAAACGUGGUCGGCUACCAGAUUCAGGUUCUUGUUUGAAAAUUUUAUCGAUUAA